AUGCAGGCCUUCCGCCGUAACACCUUUUCGGCUGUCCGCAAUGUCGCGGCCAAGCGCUCGGUCACCUCAAAGGCCAACUCGCCUUAUGCUGAGACCGUGAACAACCUGCGGAUUAACAAGGACACCCGCGUUCUGUUCCAGGGAUUCACUGGAAAGCAGGGAACUUUCCACGCCGAGCAGGCUAUCGCCUACGGCACUAAUGUCAUCGGUGGUACCAACCCCAAGAAGGCUGGCACCACUCACCUCUCCCUUCCCGUGUUCGCCAACGUCGCCGAGGCCCGCAAGGAGACCGGUGCUACCGCUUCCGCCAUCUUCGUCCCUCCCCCGCUGGCUGCUGCCGGUAUCGAGGAGGCCAUUGCUGCCGAGAUGCCCCUGAUUGUUUGCAUUACUGAGGGUAUCCCCCAGCACGAUAUGGUCCGCAUCACCGACAUGCUGAAGACCCAGAACAAGACCCGUUUGGUCGGCCCCAACUGCCCCGGCAUUAUCGCUCCCGGUCAAUGCAAGAUCGGUAUCAUGCCCGGCUUCAUCCACAAGCGCGGCCGCGUCGGUAUCGUCUCCCGCUCCGGUACCCUGACCUACGAGGCCGUCAACCAGACCACCCAGGCCGGCCUUGGCCAGUCGCUCGUCAUCGGUAUCGGCGGUGACCCCUUCUCCGGCACCAACUUCAUCGACUGCCUGAAGAUCUUCCUCGAGGACCCCGAGACCGACGGUAUCAUCAUGAUCGGUGAGAUCGGUGGUUCCGCCGAGGAGGAUGCCGCCGAGUUCUUCAAGGCCAACAACAUCCACAACAAGCCUGCCGUUUCCUUCAUCGCUGGUAUCUCCGCUCCCCCCGGCCGCCGUAUGGGCCACGCCGGUGCUAUCGUCAGCGGUGGUAAGGGUGGUGCCGACUCCAAGAUCGCCGCUCUCCAGGAUGCCGGUGUCGUUGUCGAGCGCAGCCCUGCCUCCCUGGGCAAGGCUUUGCUUGCCGAGUUCGUCAAGCGUGACCUUGUCUAA